AUGGCUGUUGAAUUGGAAAUAUCGGAAGAUAUGAUCAAAUGUUUCUAUUAUUGCAACGAUUCCGGAAACUAUAUCAACUUCUUCAACGAUUACCAGCAAUUUUUGAGCAGGCUCAGUGAAAAUCUCCGAUUGAUCACGUUUGAAAGUGAUCGUCUGUGUAAAAUUUUAUCUCAAAAUUGCAUAUCGUUAUUUGAAUUUCUGCCUAAAUAUCCGGAUACCGUGCCACGAAGAUCGUCACGAAAAAUCACAGAAAGUCUGGAAAAGUAUAUUCCAGAAUUCUGUGAAGAUUUGAAACAAGCCAUCAGUAGCAAGGUGGUCAUUGAGCACAGAAACUUUUACGAUAGUGUCAAUGUUCCGUCAUUGUUCGAAUCGUUCGAAGCGAGAGACAGCGCUGCCAAUUAUCGCCAUGACACAAAGGUUUUGACACUUGAGAAUAAGGAAUCUAAAGGACCUGCUCCAUUUGCACACGAGAAGGUUUCUACGCAGAAACUCACCGCCAUCAAGUCUUCUUCAACUAUUUCUCAUUAUCCUGAUAGCCUGGAAAGCAUCGAAAACUUGAAAAAAGAGAUUUUGAGUCAAAAAAUCCACUUUGAACAGAGAUUCGUGAAUUUCGAAAUAUUACAAAACGACAUGAAGGAAAAACUAGAAGAAGAAAUAGAGCAAUCUGAGUCCAAACUACAAAAAUCAAUUAUUUCAAAACUAAAACGAAAUGAAGAACCACUCAAGAUAUUGAAAGAAGAAAUGCGAAUCGAGCUAAAUGCUCUCAGACAGUCAAUUGAACAAACUCUGUCUGAAUCUCAAACUGAAAUUCGAAAAUUCGUGAAAAAAGAAAUUCAAAGCUUGGAGACUAAGCUGAACGUGAAAAGCGAAACUAAAAUGGAAGAAGGUUUCAAGAAACAAGAAGAACUCUGGAAGAAGGAAACUGUGAAUAUGAUAACGGCAAUGCUAGACAAAACGGAAAUAUCACAAAAACCAUUCGAAUCAAAAACAAAUCAAUUUGAGAAAACUUCGAAACCAGAGAAAAUUCCAGAAGUGAGAAUCUCAGAUCAUGAUCUAGAAAAGAUUUGGAUAGAUUGUGUCCAGAGUUGCAGAAAUUAUAUCACCGAACUUCACCAGCAUUUUUCUUCGUUUGAAAAAGCCUAUCAAUCAUUAGAAGACAGAGAAUUCGAAAAUAUUGAGGAACAAGAAGCCAGACUCUAUGAGCUUUCAAACUUUUUAGGAUCAGUACUAAGAACUCAUAUUGCUCUUGAAAACGAGUUUAAGAGAUUGAAAGUUCUAGAAGAAGAACAUCACAAUUCUUUGUUUCCAAAAGUGCUGAGGAAGUGUCUGGCCGACGUGGCAAACCAACUCUUGGAAAUAGUGGAAGCAAUUGAAAAUCUUGAAACAGACCGCGAUGGAUUUGAGAAUCUCGAAGAGCAGAUGGAGAACUUGAAACCAAGCUCGAUAUAUUCUAUUAGGAAAUUGAGAAUUGUUUGUCAAAACGGACAUCUUCCUGAUAGUUAUGACUACGUUCAUUUUCCACAAAUGAAACGUAGUCCUGAAUCGUGUAUAUCAGAUGUCGAAACAAUAAUCUCAUUAGAUGACGAAUCAGAAGAGGAAUAUAGGAAAAUGCACGAAGAGUUUCAAAGAAAAAUUGAUGAGCAGAACAGAGAAUAUGAGAGAGAAGUAAAGCUGGCUCAGCAACAGCGAUCUGAUAUGAACAAAAAAGCGGAAGCGGAAUUGAGACGCCAUGGGGAGAAAUUCAAACAAUCCACAUCCGCUAGAAGAAGAUUUAAUUGA